AACCAAACUAAGUAUGUUUUUUCUCUUGGGAGCUUCCUUAAUUCCAAGGACAUAGAAAACGUUUUCACCAUGCUUGCUCAUUCCUUAAAACGCAAAAGUGAUUCCUAGAAAUAUCGCCUAAGUGCCACAAUCGACCAACAAUUGAUUUAAGUUAUGGCUUCCAACGAAGAGGGAAAAAUCUCUUUGAAAUAUUGGGUUGACGAUAAAAAAGAACGUGUAAUUGUGGCGGAAGCAAGUGGGGAGUUGGUAGAUGUUCUCUUCAGUUUCCUUACCCUUCCAUUGGGAACUAUUAUUCGGCUUUGGGACACCUCUGAACAACAACAAAGGCGUGAGAACACCUCUGAACAACAAGAAGGACCUGGUUGCAUCAACAAUCUGUGCCCGAGUUUUAAGGAUAUUUUGGGACUUCGGAACAACUCUCAACAACAAGUAGGACGUGAGAACAUCUCUGAACAACUAGUAGGGCGUGGGAACACCUCUGAGGAACAAGAAGGGCGCGAUAACAACUCUGAGCAACAACAAAGGCCUGACAACAGCUCUGAACAACAAGAAGGGCGUGAGAACACCUCUCAACAACAACAAGGACGUGAGAACACCUCUCAACAACAACAAGUAGAGCAUGAGAACACCUCUGAACAACAACAAAGGUGUGAGAACACCUCUGAACAACAAAUAGGGCAUGAGAACAACUCCGAACAACAAGAAGGACCUGGUUGCAUCAACAAGCUGUGCCACAGUUUUAAGGAUAUUUUGGGGCUUCGGUCUAAACAACAAGUAGGGCUUGUUGGACUCUGUUGUUUUUAG